UUAAACUACAUAGGCAGAGGCGUAUAGUAACACUCCAAAAGAGGCAAAUUCAAUUCCUUUAGAACCUCUAGAGUCUAGAACCUCUCAAGUCUCAAUUCUCAAUUCUCAUACGCAAAUUCGUCACUCAUACGCUAAUUCCAAAGCUCGAAUUGCAGAUCAAUUUUUCAAGUGUUGGGGCUGGAAAUCAGGGAUGAAUGACCUGUCAUCCCCGGGCCCAGGGCGGCCGCCCUUCCUGCCCUGGCUCAGGGAAGGGACUGAGUGGCAGGAGGGAGGUUCCACGUGUGAUGAAGAUGAAAAAAAUAGCAUUUUCUCUCACCUAAAGUCUUGCUGCUUGGAGCUGCUUGACCUUCUUCGGAACCCUAAGAAGAAUUCACCUGCUCUUUCACAAUUGCUCGCUGUUCUUCGCUCAUCUUCUUCCUAUGCUAUCCAACCCCUGUUUGACUAUGUCUUGUUCCCAUUGCUGCUUCUACUAGAUGCAGCAGUGGAUUGCAGAUCCGUUCAGAAGUGUGAUUCUGCUAUGCCUUUUGUCAAUCAAACCCCAAAUAAACUGAGUGAUGCUGUUGGGGAAGGUGCCCUUCAAUGUUUGGAGGAACUUCUAACAAAAUGUCACUUAGGUUCUGCAGAUCAGCAGAUGGCUGUUUUGCUGAAGAAAUUGACUCGUGGUGCCAUGCUAUCUCCAUCAGAGGCUGCGGAAGAGUUCCGGGAAGGAGUUCUUAGGUGCUUUAGAGCAUUGCUUUCCAAUUUAAUUCCUUGCAACGGCACAUCUUGCUCCUGCAAACACAGUUUUAGUCUACCCCCCCUUCUAGAUAUGGGAGAUUCUAAAUGUUUAAAUACUAAACACCUGGAGUGUCAUUCUCAACCAAAAGAAUGCUUGAUUGCAUUUCUCCAAUCAGAUAUUGCUUCGGCUGCUGUUGGACACUGGCUCUCUGUCUUGCUGAAUAUUGCAGAGGCUGAGAGUUCACGAGGUCUUAGGGGCAGUGCAAAGAUCCGGAUAGAAGCUCUUCUGACCUUACGUGUGCUUGUAGCAAAGGUUGGUACUGCAGAUUCUCUGGCUUUCUUUCUGCCAGGAGUAGUUACUCAAUUGGCUAAAGUUCUGCAUGUCUCCAAAUCUAUGAUAAGUGGGGCUGCUGGAAGUACAGAAGCUACCGAGCAUGCAAUUAGGGGCUUGGCUGAAUUUCUCAUGGUAGUCCUCCGCGAUGACGCCAAUGUUUGUGACCCUCAUGUAUCCCUUGAUAGUGUGCCUGGUUUGAAAUCACACGAGAAUGAAUCUCCCCAAUCAAUUUUGGAGGAGCUACGCUACUUGUAUGUCAAAAAUUUGGAUCGGAGUCAAACUCCUGUAUAUGAUUCAAGUCCAGCAAUCACUGCCAAAGAAGAGCUUGGGGAGGAGCAAAGCCCCAACACCAAUGGUGGGCUAGGGCCUUUGCACGUCAAACGCACAAGUGACUGGCUUGAAAAGACUUCAGUUAAUGUUGGCAGUUUGUUGAGCAAGACAUUUCCACAUAUAUGUGUGCAUCCAUCCAAAAGAAUAAGACGUGGGCUUCUCUCUGCAGUACAAGCACUCUUAUUAAAUUGCAGUAAUAAUUUGAAGGGGAGCAGAUUAAUGCUUUUGGAGUGCUUAUGUUAUUUGGUUUGCGAUGAUUCAAAAGAUGUGUCCAUGCCCGCACAAGAAUUUCUUGGAUUAUUGUUCUUGUCACAUGGGAAACAUAAUGUUGAGGAUGAUCUAGCUGAUAUAUUUAACAGGCUACUUGAGAAGCUCCCGAAACUGGUGCUUGGAUGUGAGGAAUCUUUAGCCCUUGCUUGUGCUCGGCAGAUGCUUGCCGUGAUAUAUUAUUCUGGACCUCAACUUGUUGUUGAUCACCUUUUGCGCUCUCCUGUUACGGCUGCAAAGUUGUUUGAUGCAUUUGCUCUAUGUCUGAGUCAGGAGUCUGUCUUUGCUGGUUCUCUUGGAAAAUUAGUCUUAUCAAGGCCUUCUUCUACUGGAUAUUUGCAUUCUCUUGCAGAGUUGAGGAUUGGUAGCAAAAGGUCCACAGGCGAGUUUCUUAUAUCUAAUGCCAACGCGUCUGAAGUGUCAAUCACACGCCCUUUGGUCAGGGAAAUGCAGGAUUCCACAGGACAUGCAUAUGAAGAUUAUGAACUUCCACGAAUGCCUCCUUGGUUUGCGUAUGUAGGCAGUCAUAAAUUAUAUCAAGCACUUGCACAGAUUCUUAGACUUGUGGGUUUAUCCUUAGUUUCUGAUUGUAGGAAUGAAGUGCUCUUAUCCAAAAUUAUUGAGAUUCCUCUGGACAAUUUGCGGAAAUUAAUCUCUGAGAUACGUAUGAAGGAGUACAGUAGAGAAAGUUGGGAGUCUUGGUACAGUAGGACACAUUCAGGGAAAUUAUUAAGACUGGCUGGCACUGCUGCAUGUAUCCUUAAUGAGAUGCUAUUUGGCAUGUCAGAUCAAGCAAACGAUGUCUUCAGAAAAAUAUUUCAAGAGGCUGGAGCAAGAGUUAAAGAGAAGCAAAAGGGUAAUGCCACUGCUUUUGGUCAGUCUUGCCAAGUGCAAUACCAUUUUGCUGAUGAACAUUGGAAGAUGAGUGGAGCUGAGUAUGUGAGGCAGCAUGUUAUUGAUUGUGUUGGUACCAUUUUGCAUGAAUACACAAGUCCAGAAAUUUGGGAUCUUCCAGUUAUACAUGAAAUGUCUCCUCUUCAAUCUCUUGGGAAGUCUGGAACUAUUGGUAAACACUUCUUACAUGACAUUUCUACGCUACACCAGGUGCUCAUUGAGGGUAUUGGAAUCUUUAAUAUGACCCUUGGUGAACAUUUUACAUCAAGCGGAUUCCUUUGUUCCUCUCUUUAUCUGUUGCUUGAAAACCUGAUAUGCUCAAACUCUGAUGUCAGACAUGCAUCUGAUGCCGUCUUGCGUUUAAUUUCUGCCGUAUCUGGGUGUUCAACAGUCGGUCACCUAGUUAUGUUAAAUUCAGACUAUGUUAUUGAUUCGCUGUGUCAUCAACUGCGUCAUUUGGAUUCUAAUCCUCAUGUCCCAAAUGUGCUUUCUGCAAUGCUUUCUUGUGUUGGAGUAGCUCAUAAAAUAUUGCCAUUGCUGGAGGAGCCGAUGCGCUCUGUUUCAAUGGAACUUGAGAUCCUUGGAAGGCAUCAGCAUCCGGAGUUGACCAUUCAUUUCUUGAAGGCUAUAGCGGAGAUUGCUAAGGCAGCUAAGCAGGAGGCUUAUAUGUUACCUGUUCAAGCAGAAUCCUUUUUGGCAUAUAUUGAUUCUAAAGCAUCUGAUGUGAAAAAGCAACUUGGACAGCAUACUAUAAGUGCUGGAGCUGCAGAAUCAGAUGAAGCUGCCUUUUCUCAUGAUCUUGUUUUGAACAUGGAGGAGUGGGAGAGUAUUCUAUUUAAGCUGAAUGACAGUAAGAGGUACCGUCGAAUCGUUGCAUCUAUUGCAGUGUCCUGUUUGACAGCUGUUACUCCGUUGCUUGCAUCUGAAAAGGAACCAGUAUGCUUGAUUGCAUUGAACAUAAUUGAGGAUGGUAUUGCUACACUGGUGAAAGUGGAGGAAGCAUUUAGACAUGAGAAAGAAAGUAAAGAAGGCAUCGAACAAGUAGCAUCUUUAUGUUUGUUCUAUAAUCUUAAAGACAUUCUUGAUGCUGCUGAAGAGGGGACUGAUGAAAAUAGAUUACUACCAGCAAUGAACAAAAUAUGGCCUUUCUUGGUUGCUUGUGUUCGAAAUAGGAUUCCUGUGCCUGUCCGAAGAUGUGCAGAAGUGAUAAGCAAUGUGGUGAAGAUAUGUGGUGGAAGCUUCUUUUCACGGCGUUUCCAAACUGACGGCUCCCAUUUCUGGAAGCUUUUGAGUACAUCACCAUUUAAAAGAAAACCUAUUUCAAGUGAUGAAAAAACACCACUAUUACCUUAUAGAAGUACUUCUCGAACAUCAGAAGAUCCUGUGUCUGAAACUUCUAAUCUGAAAACCCAAGAAGCAAUGCUCCACAUGAUUGCUGAGUUAUCACGGGAUAAUAAGAGUGCUUCAGCUCUUGAAAUAAUAUUCAAGAAAGUUAGUGGUCUUGUGGUUGGAAUAGCAUGUAGCGGUCUUGCUGGGCUUUGGGAUGCUUCAAUAGACGCCCUUUCAGGACUUGCAUCAAUUGAUCCCGAUCUCAUUUGGCUUUUACUGGCGGAUCUGUAUUACUCCAUGAAGGGAAAAAAAGAUGCACAACAACCCGAAUCUGAAUUUCCAGAGCUUGCAGAGAUUCUGCCAUUGCCUAUGUCUUCAAAAGAUUACCUUUAUGUGCAGUAUGGGGGUCAGACUUAUGGUUUCAGUAUUGAUUUUUCUUCAGUGGAAAAUGCCUUUGAGAAAUUGUAUCCUGAAAUGUUUGUUACAGAAGCACAAAACUAAUUUUACAGUAAUCUUUUUAUGUAUAUAAUUCGGUUUAACAAAGUAAAAAAACCUCGAAGGUAAAAAAAAAAAAAAAUUCUCUCUCCACAACUCCACUGCAACUAAACCCUAGCGAAUCUCAUAGCCUCCGCCGCGCUCAACCCCCUCCCCCUGCUGGCUCGUCGAUGGCCUGAGCAUCUCCGGCUAUAAAGAGGUCGUCGGCGAGCCCAGCCUCUUUUCCCCCGCAGUAGCCGUAGCGUCACAACGAUGAGUUUGAGUUCAAGGGUGUUGAAACAGGGGGUUUUCGGGAGUCGCGAAGAAGGUACACAAUCGAAGUCGAUCGUUGAUUGACUUCCCUUUUCUGGACGCCGGCGACUCGAAACCACCUCCUGAUGUCAGGAAUUUCGGUCCUCUGCUCAAGCUGUGGCAAAUUAAUGUGAGGUUUUCAAUUAAGCUCUCAUUUUUCCUAGUUUUCAAUUUCAGUAGUUGUAGCUUUCCAACCUAUACUAGAUUGAUUUCAGAGGCGUUGGUGCCUCCUUUCUACUCGUGGGUUUAUCGUUUUCGUCCUUAGAGUUCUUUUGUUUUCUUAGUUAUCAUGAUUAGCAUUGACGAGUUAAAGGGGGAACUGUGCCUUUAUCACUUUGACGAGCAUGAUUAUUCUUCAACUAGUUGGGUCCAGAGGAUUGAAUUUCUUGUUAAUCCUUUUGGUAUUUUUGAGUAUGUUCGAAGUUUGAAAUAUGAGGGUAAUACCUUUUAUCGAAACAGUGACAUUAGGUCAGCCACUGCACACUAUAUUCAAGGCAUCAAGUUGUUUUUU